AUGAGCGCCGAAUCGGGGCUGAGUUUACCUGUGAAGAUUAAAAUUGAAUCUUCUAAUGAGAAAUCUGAAAAUCAAAAGUUUAUGUUGCCAUCAUUUAUUAAUGGUAACAUGAGCAACAACACUAAUGAGAAGAAGAAGGAGGAGGAGGAGGAGGCUUCCAACAAGAUAUCGCCAGAACCAGUUCGCGCAAAAUCGAUUGACGAAGAAAUGGCAGAGAUUUUUGGUGACACUGAUUACACAAGUAGUAAGGGAUCAACACCGGAGACUGUGGUUUCUCAAGACUCGCAAACGACUAUGGAGAGCGAUGAUGACGAUGAUAUCAAAAAACAGUUGUUUGAGCUGCUAGGAGAAGAUAUGAAUAUUUCAGAAACUCAGCCGCCUGAAAGUAGCACUGACGAAAAUAUCAACCAAAAUCAAGAACUAAUGAUACCCAAAACUCAAGAAGAAGAAGAAGAAGAAGAAGAAGAAGAAGAAGAAGAGCCUAUAAUGGGCAUUUCGCUUGAUUUUGAUUUUAAAAGCAUUGACAUGGACAUGGAUAUCCCUGUUGAGUACCAUGAUAUGUUAACUUCAAUGAACCAGCAUGAUGGAGGGUCACCGGAUGUGAUAGAAACUACUGAAGUGGAAGAGAUCAAGACUGAAAGUAUGGUAGCUCCGGCCGGGAUUUUGAGUCCUCCCCAAAGCCGGAGUGGAACAUUGUCACCAGUUACAGGACCUCAAGAAACAGUGGUACCUUCAAAACCUGCUUCAGUAUCUGUUCCCCCCGAGCAAGUAAAGUUAUUGACUCCCAAUGCGACUUCACCAGCCAGUAAGCCCAUAACAUCAUCAUCACCACCAUCGAGCAGUACCAGCAAUAAUCUUAAUAUUGACAACAAAAGUACCGAAACCACCGAAAACAACAAAAACAACAAAAGCACUGAAAACACUGAAAACAUCGAAACCAACAAAAACACCGAAAAUAUUGAAAAAGAAGCAGCCAACCAAUCUAUGGUCGCGAACUCCACAUCCGAGAGUCCAAACCAUAGCUCUAUACUCGACGACCUCGAUUUGGAUUCACUAUUUCGUGAAACAGAAUUGGACUCGUCUUCCGACGAAGACUCUAAACAACAAGCAUCAAAAGAAACCAAGCAAACUUCACCUGCAGUUGCUGUUUCUCUUCAACUUCCGCCAUUUGUGCUCCCUCCAUCUAUUGCAUCUAAAAAACCUUCACCUCCCUCUUCAUCACCACCUUCUCUUAUCAUCCAACCAGAAUCUUCCUCUUCACCCAAACAAGACGACGAUUUCCCAGAGGUUUUGAUGGUCCGACCUACUCCGGUCGCUACUACGGCUGUUAAACCCAUAACUGAAACUCUUAAACGCAAGCGUGCGACUGAAAAGACUCAAAACUUGCCACCAAAGAAAAAACUGGAUCCCAAAAGCGGGACCUCAGCAUUAUCAACUUCAACCAUAUUAUCAUCAUCAUCAUUAUCAUUAUCAUUAUCAUCGUCAUCAUCAUCGUCAUUGUCAUUAUCAUUACCAUCGUCAUCAUCAUCUUCAUCGUCAUCUUCAUCGUCAUCGUCAUCGUCAUCAUCAUCACAAUUACAAUUACCAUUAUCAAAUACCACGCCGAAAUCCGUGCGCACUCCUAGCAUAUCAUCAUUUUCGCGAUCCAAGGUCCAACAACCACCACCAACACCACUUGUGCUCAAUCUUUCAGAAUCUGUGUCAAAGACUGGACCCAAGAAGCGUGGAACCCUUACAGUUCCAACUGCAGCCAAGACCGGGCCACCAAAUAUGCGGCCACAAAAAUACCCAUCAGCAUAUUAUACUACGUACCCAAACAUCAAUAAUACUACCCCUGGGAAUAAAGUUACAAUGGGAGGAGCACCGGCAGUACCAAUAACAAGUGGAUCCUCUGUAAAACCAAUACAACUCCCACGGAUUAGGCUUGGUUCAUUUCCAGCAACUCCUAUGGAUGCACUUGCAAAUGAAUCUCCAUUGUCCAAGUCCUCUAUUCCAACACCCGCUUCUGAGCUUGAUCGUGUCAAUGGCAAUGGGAGUAAGGCUGAUUUACUGUUACCUGGUGACGUGCGCGAGUUCCCUGCUACGGAAUCAUCAGACAAUAAGAGUGGGGUUCUUAACAUGUCUACUAUCCAAAAGCUCAAAUCACAAAUGAUUUCUGCACAUACAUUACUGACAACUUAUUCAGCACUAAAAAAGUCUUCUGCACAAAUGGCCUCACAGCUGGAUCAAUCGACCCACUACCGGGUACUUCUUGCAGAGGAAAACUCACGUCUGAGAAGCACCAUUUCUAUCAUGUCGAAAGAAAAAGACCAGUUAAAAAAGGCAUUGCAAAAGCUUCAUCGUGACACCAACGGGCUACAAAAGAAUGAAGCAUUGUUGCGUGAAAUUAAUGAUAAGAAUAUGGAGAUUGCAAGACUUCGGCGCAAGUGUAAUGAGUUUUAA